UCAGUCUUGCACAGUUGUACCGGCUCUUCCCCUUCAGUCUUGCACAGUUGUACCGGCUCCUCCCCUUCAGUCCUGCACAGUUGUACCGGCUCCUCCCCUUCAGUCCUGCACAGUUGUACCGGCUCCUCCCCCUUCAGUCCUGCACAGUUGUACCGGCUCCUCCCCUUCAGUCCUGCACAGUUGUACCGGCUCCUCCCUUCAGUCCUGCACAGUUGUACCGGCUCCUCUUCACUCUGCCAGUUUCCUGUAUACCACAUUAGUACUGCAAGGAUUUCUUUCCCUGCAAGUCCCUGCAUGUCACGGGCACGGGUGUCCAUUCAAAAUGCGGCCCGCACA